AUGGAUAAGUUUCUCAUCAAGUUACCAAAGCCAAAAGAUGGCCAACCAAGUUCUAGCUCUAAUCAACCAUUUGUGAGUUCACAAGUUGCUCCGGAAGUUCAAAGACAUACAAAUUCUUUUCUACUUUCAAAUACGGAUAAUAUGCUUGAUUUUAAAUCUCUUGAAGCAGAUCCCAAAGAUCGAAUGCCUAUUUCAUCUUAUGGUCCUAAUAUUCGAGAUGCGGUGAGGAGCGUGCUUAAGGAUAUGAAACGUGAUUGUCCAUAUCAUCUUGAUAGAUUUGCGGCGAAAAAUCUUUUGAGCAAGAUUCAUGAAUUUGAAUUUGUCUUUAUGUUGCACUUGAUGUUUAAGGUGUUGCUAUUGACGAAUGAGUUGAAUAAAGUUUUACAAAAGAAAUAUCAAGAUAUCGUUAAUGCUAUGGAAUUGCUUGACCUUUCAAAGAAACGAUUGCAAAUGAUGAGAGAGGAUGAAUGGGACUCUAUGAUGGAUGAGGUUAGCUUAUUUUGUGGUAAACAUGGUAUUUCAAUUCCCAAAAUGAAUGAAGACUACUCUAAUGGGAAGUUGAAGCGUAAGAGGUCCAAUAUUUCAUAUUUGCAUCACUUUCGUGUGGAAGUAUUUUAUGUCGUUAUUGAUUUGGCACUUCAAGAACUCAAUUAUCGUUUUGAUGUGGUGACUGGUGACUUACUCCUCGGUAUGGCUAGUUUGAGUCCGGUUGAUUCAUUUGCUAAUUUUCACAAGGAUAGGAUAAUGAAACUAGCCGAGUACUAUCCAAGUGAGUUUGGUGAUAAAGAGCUUCGGUUACUCAAUUCUCAACUCGGUGAUUUUAUUGUCUAUGCUCAAAAGUGUGAUAGCAAGUUUCUCAACUUGAAGGGAAUCAAGGAUCUUGCAAGAGUGAUGAUCGAGACAAAACUAGAUCAAACUUGGCCACUUGUGUAUUUACUUGUGAAGCUAACUUUGAUUAUUCAUGUUGCUACCGCACGCGUGGAAAGAACAUUCUCAUCCAUGAAGUACAUAAAGAAUGAUUCGCGUAAUAGGAUGGAUGAAGAUCUUUUGAAUGAUUUUUAG